CGGUAGACAGAACUAAAGUGAAAGUAGAAUUUCCAUGGGGAUUACCAUAUUUUGGUCAUGUUUUAUUUGAAACAGAAACGUGAAGUGUACACAUGAAUUCAAAUGAAUAUCUUAUUGUAUUGUUAAUUGUUGAAGGCUGUAUUGUUUUAAUUGCAAUACUUAUAUAUUGUCUGAUGGAGAGAAGAAGGAAAAGAAAGAGAGAAGACGUUGAGACUGGAUCAAGUAAUGAUGUAACGAAAAGACAAAAGAUGAGUGCAGGAUCAAGUCAUGCAGGAACAGAUGUUUCGGAACUGGGCGACAAACGCUUUCCGUUCAAGCCUAAGGGAAUCCCUAAUGUUGGUGCCUCCUGUUUCAUGAACUCAAUGUUGCAGUGUUUAUCCUGGAGUCCAUGCCUUAUAAAACAGCUGGAACAUCAAAUAGAGAAAAUGCAACAGAAACAAUACCAGGGGAAACUGGCGACAACUUUUCUUAGAUUAUUACAACUAAAUCACGCCGGAGAUGAAGAUACGGCCAAGGCCUAUAAGAAGAAACAGACCAAAAAUGUGAAAAUGUUUUGUAAGGAAUUAGUUAAAGAAAAGGAGCACUUCGACGGUCGAAGUCAAGAAGACAGCUUUGAAUUUUACAACGCUCUAAUAAGUGGCUUGGAGGAUGAGGCUCUACGAAAUGUUCCGUUUUGGCCCAAAAAAGAACCAGUCACAGAGAUGGAACAUAUCAUGCAGACCUGCGACGUGACAAGGUUGUUUGGUGGUAUGUUUAUGACCUGUUACUGUUACAAGGAGUGUGGACAUGUUGAGCCAGUGUUUCAAAGAUUCACCAGUUUGAGUAUCCCACCAGUCGUAAAGAAAAAGACUGAAGACGACAAACCAAAACCAACCUUUGCUAAAAAGGUAAACAAAUAUGUUAAGCGACCUGGUCCUCUGGAAACAAUUGCCUUUUCAGUCAAACCAAAGAAACGACAACCUUCCACGCGACACGUUGAGGUCGACAGUGUGUCUAAAUCUGUUGAUGUCUCAGCCACCAGAGAGCCCUAUUCAGGACAAUCUAAACGUAUUGUUGAUGAAACAACCCGGAUUGUCAGCAAUCAAGACCAUCAGAUGAAGACUCCGAAAGGGUAUGGUGCGAUACAAAAGUCACAAAAAAUGGACGGAAAUCGUAAACGUAAACACAACACGACGUCAAUGCCUAAAUCCACGUCCAACCUAACUGAAAGUUCUGAUAACACAACAGAAAAUAGUAUCGACAUGUCUUCCUUACGCGAACAUUUACCCAUCGUAGAGGAAUUAGGUCUGAAAACUGAGAACAAAAAGGGAGAUGUUGUUGUUGGCAAUAAUGAUGAUACCAACGACACUGACGGAAGCACUAGUAAAUCAGAUAUUGGUAAAGUAACACCAAAUAGCGACGAUCAAGAAUCUCUGUCUGAUUGCAGUAUAGAAGACAUCAACAGACUCCAGGGCUUGUGUUUGGUAAAGAGAAAGAACAAAUUAAAGAAGAAAAGAACUGGCAUAGAACUCAGUCUUGACAAGUUGACAGAUUUUGAAAAGAUGAUGGCUGCUGACCUUCCAUGUCGGAUAUGUAGUAAGAAGAAAGAAACAUGCGGUGGUGUCCUGUACAAACAAAUCCAACUUGUCUCCCUCCCUCACGUACUGGUUCUUCACAUCAACAGAUUUGAACAGAAAGGAAGCCAGUUUUGUAAAGUUACAGACUUUGUAUCUUACCCGAAGUUUUUGGAUAUGACUAAGUUCUGUUCAAAGUCAUUAGAGCAACUGGAAUCAGACAGCGAGCUGUUGCAUGGACACUUUUAUUCCCUGUUCGGUGUAGUAAACCACCAGGGUUCGAUGAGAGGAGGCCAUUACUAUGCCUACAUAAAAACUAACCAUCGAGAUGUACGACACAUACAGAAUCAACUGCAAAACUCAUGGAAGGACCCAGAGGCUAUGGCGUCCGGAAUCCGUACACAACUAGAGGCUAUAUGGAAAGCAGAACGAGAAAUCUGCGUUCCACCAGAUAAGAAACAACAACAGGAAGAUAAAGAAGAUGUUGACUCUCAGAACAGUCAAACGAGCAACGAUGUUCAGAAAAAGAAGAAAGAUGGAUGUCGAAAAGAUGGCAGCCUCUGUCAUAACAACGACCAACAAGAUUCAGUUGAUCAAAACAGAAGACCAAAAAAGAAUGUCACUUUUGAUAAUGAGGAUAGUGAACAAGACAUACUGUCCGAGGGAAACAAAACAGAUCUUCAAAAGGAUCCCGAUCUUCAAAGAUGUAAAAAGAAAAUCAAAUCAAGGAAUAAUGAGGACAAAGAGAGCUGUGCACUUCAGAAGGAAGACGGAACAGCUGGAUGUCAGACAGGACAAAACGGUUAUGUGCUGGAGGAAAUCAUACAUAACAAUUAUCACGAUGAAGUAAAAGAUUCUGAUAAUCAGGAAGACAUGAAAGACCCAGUUCGAACAAAAAGUCCGAUAAGUGUUGUUCAUGGAGAAGACACAAAUGUUCCUAGUCGACAGAAAAGAUCGACGAAUGAUGUUCAAGAGGAAGAUAUGACUUCUCCUGAUCGAAAGAAAAAACGGAAGGAUGUUGUUCAGGAGGAAGUAAAGAAUGACCCUGAUCGAAAGCAAGAACACAAAGAUACUGAUCGAGAGUUAGACAUGAAUGAUCCUGUUCGCGAGAAAGAGCACAAGAAAGUAGCUCUUGGGGAAGAUAUUAAUGAUGUUGGUCUAAAAAAGAACGAAACCAAGGAUGUAGUUCGUGAGGAAGACAUGAAUGAUCCUGGUAUGAAAGAAGAAAUCAAGGAUGAAAUUCGCAAGGAAGAAAAACAUGAGCCUGAUAUAGGGAAAGACGUGAAACCUCUUGGUCGAUCGAAAGAACAAAAGAAAACUGUUUGCCAGGAAAGCAUGCAUGCUCCUGGUCAAAAGAAAGAACACAAAGCUAAGAACGACAAUGAUGCUGGCGACGUAAAUGAUAACCAGAUCGACAAGAAAGUACACUUAAAAGGUUUUAUCAACAAGGGAGAAAAUGGGGAUAGAUUUAAGGGGAAAGAUGCAAAGGAUCCUGAUCAGAGCACAGGAGAGCAGGAUGCUGGUCAGAAAACAAUGGAACAUAAUGCUGUUAUGAUGACAAAAGACGAGAAAGAUGCUCAGAAAAGAAAGGAGAAUGAUACUAUCCAGAGGAAAGAAGAUAGAGAUUGUUUUAAAACAAAGAGAGAUGAAAAGAUGAAGAAAAAAGGGAAAAAAGGGGCUUACAAAGACGACAGGGAGAGACCUUUACAGCCAAACGAAAAGCAGGACGAGGAACAAGGCGAUCACAUUCCUAUCUACGAACACAACAGCGAUGCGGUCAAUAGAAAAAAGAUUCCUACAAACUGGGAAGACCGGGGAGAUAACAAGGGGCCAAAAACAGACGCUCACGACAUGUGGUUUUAUGUUAGUGAUUCAAGGGUUCAAAAAGAAGAAGAACGCACAGUGUUUACAAGCACAGCAGCCUACAUCCUUUUGUACGAGCGAAUUUGAUGAAUAUUUUAUCACGAAUCUUUCGUAUACGAACUAUCUAAGUUAUGGCCUUGCAUUCAAGAAAUAUUUGUAUAAAUUCACAUGUUUGUAUUUUCAGAUUCGCAGACGUAUAUUGAUGGUUCCUAAUAUCCGUUACUGACCUAGCUCUUCGUUGCCACUUAAACUAAUUUCUGCGACAGUAAAUCUACCAAUAUGUGUCCGAAAAACUGUUAAUAAAAUAUGUUAUCCGCUCAUGUGAAGUAUUUGAAUCCCUGACUGUGGUGAAAUGUGUACUCGAUUCCUCAUAUCGUGGAUGACUUGGGGUGGAUCCUGUUGACAAUUUGUCUUUAAGCCGUAUCCGAUGGACAAUGUGUGCCGGUUCAUGAGAAGAACUUGUGACGUAUCCUGAAAGACAUGGCUUUAAACAACGUUGUAAAUAUUUUAUUUCAUUUUUUUUCAUCGGGUAAAACAUUACUUGCCUGUAAAUGUUAAGUUAAGAUAUUUUACGUUAGUUAAAAAAGAAAGAUCAGGACAGAUACUUUUGAAAGGUUGCCAUUGUUAUUUAAACAAUGUCACAUUGCAGUAUGACCGAUAGGUCGAGUCCAAUUAUAAACUAAAACAAAGACUUUCUUAACAUAAGCGUCGUCAUUGAGUCUGACACAUACUCCCGCAUCAAAAUUGUCGUUUUUUUGUUUUUUGUUUGUUUUUAAAUUCUAACCGUUACAAAACUUCUGACGAACUGCUCCUUUUAAUUUUUACCAGAAUUAAGUUUAACAUAUUGAUUAAUAACCUGUUAUGUGGUUUUAAUAUGAUAUAUAUUUCAGGAAGUUAAUGUUGAUAUUCAUUAUGGAUAAUAAGAUGGCGUUCAUAAAAAAGGCAGUAUAUAUAAGCAAUAAGUUUGCUGUCACUUCAAAAUAUGACUUUUCAUACGAAAAACAUAAAAAAGAAUUGUACACUGUUAUUGUUUUAGUUAGUGAUUUGUGAUAAAGAUCUGAUCGCAGUUAACAAUAAACAAUAUUUUUUAUCAUCAAUAUGCUUCUUUAUACCACCUACCGGUAGCAUGAUACAUUAAUUAUCAUUGGUUGUCAGUAUGAGAAGUAAUUGAGAACGACUUGAGAAGAACUCGUGAACGAAUUUUCCCAUUUCCAAUCACUUGGCCCUUGUGUAAACAUAAAUCAUAUUGAUAGUGGCCCGUGUGUAAACAUAAAUCUUAUUGAUAGUGGCCCUUGUGUAAACAUAAAUCAUAUUGAUAGUGGCCCGUGUGAAAACAUAAAUCAUAUUGAUAGUGGCCCUUGUGUAAACAUAAAUCAUAUUGAUAAUGUGUCUUAAGCUAUUAUUUUGCCAAUUUUUGUUAAUAUUUCGAUAUCGGAUAUUAUAUUGAAAUAAAUAUUAAUAGGUAAAUAUGAUGAUUAUGUUUCCAAAGAGGCUACAAACUUUGUACCAUUAUUAUGAUGUUAAAUUGUUAAUUAUCUUUGGAGGUGAUAUUCAUUUACAUUCAAUAAUGUUUUUAUCAGCUAAAUUUUUAAAAAAGAGGUUAUUUCAUCAACAAACUAUGUAUAAUUACUAAUAAAAAGUCUAAUAAUAAUAUUUCUAUUAUCCGAUUUAUGUGUAUGAUAACACUUCCAAAUCCUUUAACUAAAAUGCAAUUGAAACGUUAGGAAAGAGUUGAAAAAUAAUAUAAUUGUUCCCUCACGAAAUUACUACGACUCAUUUAUACUCUAAGUUACUGAUUCGAUAUGAAAUUGCUCAGUUUUGGUCAAUAGGAUAUGAAAGUUGUUUAAGUUUUCUGUUUUUAUAAUGAAAUAUCGUUAAUCAGUUUCCACGUUUAUGAAGAUCAAGUUGGAAAGUAAUUAACAUUAAAUGCAAAACCACAACAAACGGCCGACCGACGAAACGGUCUUAUCAGCUCUUACUUUUCACUGGGUCUCGAUUUCGAGAGAUCAAACUGAAUCGCUGCAGGCACUAUUCAACAUAUGUCAAUUGAGACACACUUCAAAUUUACGGUGAUAAACAGUGAAUUAUAUCUGUGAACUUAAACGACAAAUAUGUAUCUCAUCGAGCGGACACAGCAUCAGAGUGUACGUACUAAUAGCACGUCAUUCUCAUAAUAAACUCUUAAAUCAGUCAUAGAAUAUACGUUUGUAUCAGAAUAGUUCAUGCUGCCUAUAAACCUGUCAUGUUAAAGAAGAACAAAAGGGAGAGAACUCGUAAUCAUUUAAAACGAAAAUAGAGAAAACGAAAGUAGACAGAAACGAAAGCAACAUGGGUUUCAAAAUAGAUAUUACAAAUGGCGUCGGUUAAGUAAGAUGUGUUAAAGCAAAUGAUCAGAUGUCUUCACAAGCUUUAGUGAUACAUGUAGGAUGUAUAGCCGGAGGGGUAAUAGUUGUCGUCAUCCUAAUUUUGGGCAUCCUCUACAUUCUAUAUAUGCGUGCCAAAUCACGGAGGAAGAGAAAACAUGAUGUACAGCCUUCUGAUGAUGAAGAAACUGGAACUCCAGCGAAAAGGCGAUGCAUAAGAAAUACCAUAUUGGAUUUCGCUGACGAACCAAAG